AUGAAGUACACAAUUUCGGCACUUUCUAUGCUGGCCAUGGCUGUGGCCCAGCAGGUCGGCACCGAGCAAGCCGAGACUCACCCCAAGCUGAGCUGGCAGAGAUGCACUUCAGCAUCUUGCUCCAACGUCAACGCCGAGGUCGUCAUCGAUGCCAACUGGCGUUGGGUUCACGGUGUUGGCGGAUACCAGAACUGCUACGACGGAAACUCAUGGACCGGUUUGUGUACGACCGGAGACAACUGUGCUCAGACUUGUGCUGUCGAGGGAGCUGAGUACAGCGGCACCUACGGCGUGUCGACCAGCGGUAAUGCCCUGACUUUGAAGUUCGUCCAGGAGCACCAGUACGGCAAGAACAUUGGCUCCCGAAUGUACCUCAUGAACGGAGACAGCAAGUACCAGACCUUCCAGCUUCUGAACAACGAGUUUGCCUUCGACGUCGACUUGUCCAGCGUUGAGUGUGGCAUGAACAGUGCCUUGUACUUCGUUGCCAUGAAAGAGGACGGUGGUCUCUCGUCCGAGUCUAACAACAAGGCCGGAGCCAAGUACGGUACAGGGUACUGUGACGCCCAAUGUGCUCGUGAUCUGAAGUUCAUCGGCGGCAAGGGUAAUGUUGAAGGUUGGGAGCCUUCAGAGACCGAUGACAGUGCUGGUGUCGGCAACAUGGGUGCCUGCUGCGCUGAGAUUGACGUCUGGGAGUCCAAUGCGUACGCCUAUGCUCUGACUCCUCAUCCGUGCGAGAACAACAACUACCACGUCUGCGAGGGCGACACUUGUGGCGGUACUUACUCCGAGGACCGCUACGGUGGGGGCUGCGAUGCCAACGGUUGCGACUACAACCCGUACCGCAUGGGCAACCCCGACUUCUACGGCCCCGGAAAGACCGUCGACACCACCAAGAAAUUCACCGUCAUCACCCGCUUCGCCCCCGACCGCAUGUACCAGGUCUUCAUCCAGGACGGUAACACCAUCGAAGUGCCCGGCGCCAAGUGGGAGGGCGUCCCAGAGACAUCGGAGAUCACGCCCGAAUACUGCGAGCGCCAGUUCGCCGUCUUCAACGAGCGGGACCGCUUCAACGAGGUGGGCGGAUACCCCCAGCUCAACGCCGCCCUCAACAUCCCCAUGACUCUCGUAAUGUCUAUUUGGAGCGACCACUAUGCCAACAUGCUCUGGCUCGACUCCACCUACCCUCCCGAGAGGGCUGGACAGCCCGGCACCGAGCGUGGACCUUGUGCCCCGGAUUCGGGUGUCCCUGCCGAAGUCAUCGAGCAGUUCCCCAACUCUCAGGUUGUUUGGUCCAACAUCCGCUUCGGUCCUAUCGGCAGCACUUACGCCGUCUGA